AUGAAAGCUCUAUAUAUCCUUUUGGUCUUUUUCGUGGUUUUCUCAAUUCCUUGUUUAGUAAAUGGCAGCCAAACUGAAACAGAAGAAAAUACCGUGAAGAUAGGCGUUCUUCUUCCCAUGACAGGAUACUGGCCAAUAGGUAAAACAUCUGCUUCGGCUAUUACUAUUGCUGUCGAGCGUAUCAACGAUGACCCAACACUCCUACCAGGAUACAAUAUGACUUUCCUAUGGAACGACUCCCAGUGUUUAGCAGCCGAAGGUCUAAACCAAGCCGUCGAAUUCAAGCUUGCUAAUGUUGAUGCUAUCAUAGGAGAUGGGUGUGAUAUUAUAUGUGAACCUGCUAGCCUCCUCGCCGCAGCGUGGAACCUUCCUAUCGUCUCUUGGGGCUGCGAGUCGAGUGCACUUUCCGAAAAAAGUGUCUACCCAACAUUCGUUAGAACUGUACAGUCCUUCUCGAAAAUGGGCGACUUAUUCUUAUCGAUUUUUCGGUACUUUAAAUGGAAUGAUAUCGGGAUAAUUGCUUCAACUGAGAGUAUAUGGCAACUCGCCAUGACGAACAUGAGAAAARCAUUCCUUGAGACCGAGGACAUUAAUAUACGAUAUCUACAGACACUGAACCCUGGAAGUCAGUUGGUUACAGACCGCGAUGAAUACCUUAGCCUAYUGGAAAUCGCCAAACAAAAUGCUAGAAUUCUAAUCAUGUUGUGCUAUGGUGGUGAUAUACGUGCCCUAAUGCUUCAUGCCCUCGAUCUUGGUAUGUUAAACGGUGAUUAUGCGUUUCUGACCGUCAAUCUACUUCCCUCGGCUGCUAUUGGCAACAACACGUGGAUGGGGAACGACGGCCGAGACAUCGAUGCUCUAUUGACUUUUCGAGGUAUUUUGAGUAUCCACGUACGCGAACCAACUACUGAAAGAUGGAAAUCGUUUAAGAAAGAAGUGCGAACAAGGAUGCAGGAUCCGCCAUUUUAUAUCAAUCUAGCAGAUACUGAAAGGGUCGAAGUGUAUGCUGGUGCUAUCUAUGAUGCUAUCUUCCUGUAUGCUAUUGCCCUGAACGAGACGCUAACUGCAGGAGGACACAAGAAAGACGGCAAAACAAUCGUGAAUAGAAUGAUGAACAGGGAAUUCGAAGGAGCGUCAGGCAAAGUCAAAAUCGACUCGUCUGGUGACAGAGAGCCCGAUUACUCAUUGAAAUAUUACGUCAACGGCAGCUUUCAAAACAUUGCUGAUUAUAACCAUUCAACCGGAGGCUUCAACUUGAGAGACGUGACGGUCAUUUGGGCAGGAGGAAGGACAACUCCACCAGCUGAUCAACCUCCAUGUGGAUGGGUUAACGAAAAAUGCUUAGAGCAGCAGGAAGAAGCAGCUCGAGUAGUUAAUGUGGUGAUUGGUGCAUCUACUGGUGGUGUCUUCGUUCUGGCAAUGAUCUUUUUUCUUAUCAUCAGGAAACUACGUUAUGAGACCGACUUGGCUCAAAACAUGACAUGGAAAAUCAAAUACGAAGACGUUCAAAUCCAUAUCGACAAUGAACGACCUGACCACGAGUACCAUGAGGAACCAAAGCAGAACUUUCUCUUAACGACAAAGACGAGUGACACAGAGAAAGAAAAUCAACCACCAAAGCGAGGUCAAUUAGCAAACGCCACUAAAGGAUUUUCACCACUGAGUCGCAGUGCUCGCAACCAGGAACACAGUAAAGGUGAACGAGUCACCACCCUUGGGGAAUUCCAGGUAAUUCCAGGAUACUACAUGAAUUUUUAA